AACCUGAUGGAAAACUACGGGGGGUGCUGGUCGAACACACGGACCAACCCAAGCUUUUGGAGACGAUCACCUGACACUUCACAUUACGAAAAAAUUCAGUAAGGCUAUUUGGACGACGGUUGCAACUUGAACGUUGGCUGAAUGCAUGUCACAUAUCCUACGACGAUUACCAUAUUCAAUUGCCCACCAGCGUCGCUACUACGUAACUGACCGAAUCCCGAGUUACGCGGGAUGGUGGACAUCCAUGGUCGACCAGCUUGCCCAGUCGCCAACUACAACGGAAAUAGACACUGUUAGUCCAGGAAAAGUAGUACUUCCUGAAAAGCACGAAGAGCGGCAACGAGUGAUUAUUCCUUUUGGUCAGGAAUCUACCGAGGAUAUACCGCAGCCUAUAACGAGCCAGGCGCGAGCGUUUGUGGAAAUAGACGGCCAACGCAUACUCAUACCUGAAAAGCCUGAAGCACCAGAUAAUUGCUGUAUGAGCGGAUGUGCUCAUUGUGUUUGGGAUAUAUACCAGGAGGAGAUGGAGGAUUACCGAGAGGAGAAGAAUGCAUUACGAAAGCGACUUAUAGCAGCCAAAGUCAUGGUUCCACCGGAGUUGCUACCUAAGCACGAAAGGGAUGCCACCGAUGAUCUUGAUCCUGGUAUGAAGGCCUUUUUGGCCCUAGAAAAGAAAUUAGACAAACGCUGAGCAAGUCGCUCAAAACCCUUCAGCGCCGCGCCCUUGAAUUGCUGUGUCAUGGACGGCAACAC